AUGAAUAAUUUGAUUACAAAAGAUGUGAAUUUAGCAGGCAAUAAUCAGCAGCCAAAAAGAGAUGCAACGACUAUGAUGUUCUCUUGCAACUAUUGUCACCGGAAAUAUCAUAGUGCACAAGCACUAGGAGGGCAUCAAAAUGCUCAUAAACGAGAACGUACAGCUACACUAGAUGCAAUCACAGCUUCUAGUUUCUAUAAAGCAAGUCACGAAUGGAUCAAAAAUAACAAAUCAAGUCACGGCAAGAACCUACAGCUCCACCAAGUAUUCUCGUCGUCAAGGGUGAGUUCACUAUCAUCUUCAUCGUCACCUCUUCUUACUCAUGGUGGUAACUUUAUCAGGAAAUCAUCAUUAGGUAUUCAAGUUCGAUCCAUGGUCGUAGAAAAACCAGCUUCACCUUAUUCGUUAUCAUCAUGGGAUGCACGAUGCUCUUCUCUUUUGUAUGCCAAUGAUAAUAAACAGAACCACUCACACAACUAUAGAUCUGAUUCUAGCCUCCUGGCAGCUCGUCGGCCAUCAGAAGUUAGCAAGUGCUCGAUCGUAAGUUCAUCUACGACACCGCCGGAUCACGAGCUUGAUUUAUCCCUUAAGCAUUGA